AUGUCGACAGCCGCCGACGUCCCUAGGUUCAAGAGCCCAAAUCCCAUCAUCCAAUCCAUGUCAGGAACAAAACGAUCGACUACCGGCACUGGAGUAAAGAGCGCAAUGUCGACGAAUUGGCUGGGCGCGUACGGUGACUUCAUCACCAAGAAUAACCACCAGGUCUCCCAAAUAGAGUCGACCCUACGGUCCCUAACAUACAUCAUACCUGGCCGUUUCCGUGAUGCAGAGAUUGCCUCCGAGUCCAUCCACAGCGGCGUCCAGCUCCUUUCUCUCUAUCAUGAUACUUUACUCUUCCGUGCUUCCUCCAAGCUAUCUCAACCGCCGUCUCUCGCCAACGCGCCCUCUCCGCACAAACGAUACAUCCGCUUCUGGUUCCUCAAGAGCCCCCUCUACCGGCGUGUAGCCUAUCUCCUGCAGAUUGUCAACUAUGUCGAGCUCCUAAUCGAAAUGGCGGCCAAGCGCCGCGGCGAGCGCAUCCGCUGGCGCGCCGUCAUCAUAAUAGAGGCCAUCAAGGCCUUCUGCAAGCUUCUUCUGCUUAGGAUAACGAAAUCGCGACCGCUGAUAACCCCGGUUCUCCCCGAGCGCGAACCGCUGCCCGAAGCGCCGACCGACGAAGAAGCCAUCUUCCAAGGAGACGAUAGCGGAUAUGCCAGCGCAUCAGGAUCGCCACAACAGUUGGCGCAGGAUGGAGAAUGGACCAUGCCCCGCACCGGCAUGUCGCUGCCGACACUACCUUCGCCCGGCGACAUCAGCAGCUACCUCCUGUCGCGGGUGCUAACGGCCGACGACAUCAAGCCCGCGGCGAAACUGGUCAACCAGCUACAAGGUUCGGCGCAGGUUGCUGAGAUUCUGCACAUCCUGUCACCGCUGGCCUUUGCGGUGGCUAUGGCGCGCAGCAAGAAUAAGCGCAAGGCCUGGGCCCCCUGGGUGAUUGGGCUGGCGAUAGAGAUACUUGCUCGACAGAUGCGGGAUCGCAGCCUACGGACGACGCCGCUGGAGAAGGAGGAAUGGAGCCGGAGAGGCUGGGCUUUGGGAUGGUGGAUGAUGCGCGGGGCGUUCUACGAGAAUGUCACAAAGUCUAUGGUGGAGGGCGUGAGGAGACGGAUGCCGAGCUUGAUUGGUGGCAUCUUGGAGGACUAUGAGUAUCUCUGGGAGAAUUACUAUUUCAGCACUAGCCCUUGA